AUGUUCUCUGCUAGUGCAUUGCUGAUUGAAAAAGUAGUUGGCGCUCCUCUACAAGUACUCUCCGGAUGGGUCGACGUGCUUCCACUGAAAAGUUAUGCACUCUCGCCUCGAACGCUUCAAUUGAGGGCCAUGGCGAAAGUCUUGCAGCGAAAUGUAGUGGAUGCCCGUGCUGCAGUAAAGCCUGAAACGUACCAGGUCUUUCUAAAUGAUCUGCGAGGUUGUUUUGAAGCACCUGAAAGUAAAGAUGUACGGGAAGUCGUAUUGUUGAUGCUUGUCAUGUGCGAAUGGCCUCAAGAGGAGCCUCCACAGCUUCGAGGAAUGAACGAUGAUCUCAUGAAAAUUGUGCGUGAGUGGGUAUCGUGCAACCCCAUUCGAUUCUGGACAUUCCAGCCAUGGCUAGCGGCUCUCUUAGUCAGUCAAUCGGAAAGUCUCGCAAGCACGUACAUAUCCCAUCUUUUCGAGAUAGGACUUUUACGACCAUGGGAACGCGAGUUUGCAGAGCGUGUCGCGACGAUAGUUUUACAUGCUGGAAACGUCGAACACGUACUGAAAGCAGCCCUAUCGAAACUAGAUCCACAUAUGCAGCAUGUUUACUUUAACGUAAACGUUGGACUCACGGGUUCGCUGCACUAG